UGGAGGGCCGCAGGUGAAUGAAAGGGGGCGUGUCAGUACUCUCAGCUCGCUGGAGGUGGCUGGAACCCGGUGCCAGAGCUCCAGGCCCCUCCAGAGCAGCAGCGGCUGGGCUGAAGGAGAAAUGGAGGCACAGUCCUACUGCGCCAAGCUCUUGGGGGAGUUGAAUGAGCAGCGGAAACGAGACUUUUUCUGUGACUGCAGCAUCAUCGUGGAAGGGCGUAUCUUCAAGGCCCACAGGAACAUCCUAUUCGCCAACAGUGGCUACUUCCGAGCCCUACUCCUUCACUACAUCCAGGACAGCGGGCGGCACAGCACAGCUUCACUGGACAUCGUCACCUCCGACGCCUUCUCCACCAUUCUAGACUUCCUCUACUCUGGGAAGUUGGAUCUGUGUGGCGAGAACGUGAUCGAAGUCAUGUCAGCUGCCAGCUACCUGCAGAUGAAUGAGGUGGUCAACUUCUGUAAGACGUACAUCAGGUCGUCCCUGGACAUCUGCAGAAAGAUGGAGAAGGAGGCCGCUGUGGCUGCUGCAAUGGCUGCGGCGGCAGCUGCUGCUGCAGCUGCGGCUCAUCAGAUAGACAGUGAAAGUCCAAGUUCAGGACUGGAGGGGACUUCCUGUGGCACCAAAAGCUUUGCCUCCUCCUCAGUAGAUGGAGAAGGGAGUCUGGACUGUACACGAUCAUCUUGUGACGACUGCCAUCCCUUGGAGCUGGUGGCGAAAGACAGCCAGGGCUCUGGGGUCUCCGACAGUGACCUUUGUGUUGUGCCCAGACCGGUUGAACCUAAGUUAGAAUUCGAUGUUACCAGGGUGGAGGUGGAGGCUGACGAACAGCUACAGCAAUAUGCCGCCCCACUGGCCCAUAUGGAGGAAGGUCUGCCCAGUAACCAGGCCUUGGAUCUGACCUAUAGCAGCUACCACGUGAAGCAGUUCCUGGAGGCUCUCCUGCGCAACGGUGCUGUCCAGAGCAAAGAUGACUUGGAUUAUCACUCUUCUCGUGGCUUGGAGGGAAGACUGGAAGGUCCAGGAGUGGCCAUGAGUUCGGUGGUGGACGUUCAGAACGACUGGUAUAGAGAGGACUCAGGUGACGUGCUGGUGGUUCCUAUCAAGCUGCACAGGUGUCCCUUCUGCCCUUACACCGCCAAGCAGAAGGGCAUCCUCAAACGACACAUCCGCUCCCACACUGGCGAACGGCCGUACCCCUGCGAGACCUGCGGCAAGAGGUUCACCCGGCAGGAGCACCUUCGGAGUCACGCCCUGAGCGUCCACAGAUCCAGCCGUCCAAUUAUCUGCAAAGGUUGUCGACGAACCUUCACGAGCCACCUGUCCCAAGGACUGCGGCGCUUCGGGCUGUGUGACAGUUGCACCUGUGUCACAGACCCCCACGAGGAAGAUGACGACCUGAUGCCUGUCAACCUUAGCCUGGUGGAGGCUUCAUCUGAAAGCCACGAGAAGAGUGACACAGAUGACUGGCCCAUCUACAUAGAGUCUGGUGAGGAGAAUGACCCACCCGUGGAGGAUUCUGAUGACAAGCCACACAUUCGGCCCAACUUACCAGCCCCAGAGACACUUACGUAGCAGUGACUUGGUGGGCAGGUUUUAAGUGUUGUGGCUUGUUCUACUGUGAAAGCGACCAUUUGUCGAGUUCUAUGAGACUUGGGGAUCGUCUCCCCACAGUGUCGUUACACUUGGAUUUUUUGUUAGACGAAGGCUGGAUGUUAUGACUCAAAAAGACUGAUGGUGUUUUAGCAUGGAGUCUUAAGAAUUUUGUUGGCCUCUCCUUGGUACUGACUGAAUUGAGAUUGAGCCCCGAGACUUCCUAAUUUUCCUGCUGAGAAGCUGACUCUGGGCCGGAGAUAAAUAAGAAAACUCCCUGCUUAGCACUAUGCCGGUCUUUUACGUUCUUACAUCAUUACUUUCUUCUGAAGAGGUGGCAAGGGUAUCUUGUCAGAACCUCGGUCUUUCCCCUGCCAGGCUUCUUGAAACGAAUUCCACAUUUAAUUGUCUGGGAAUCUGCUUCGAUAAAAAGCAGCCGGGGCUAACUACGUGGUCAUAAAAGGUACUCCCUAAAUCUAAGACUGUAUGCCUAAAGGCUGGAGGAAGCUUUAUGCAGACAAACACUGACACAAAUUGCAAGUUUAUUCUGGGCCCCCUGCUUGCCCACCUGGAUCGAGUUAAGUUAAAUGAACCCCCAGAGAAAAGCCAGUGAGCCAGGGCAGAGUACUGCCCCUGUCUACUCUGCUAUUUGACAAUUCCGUACACACAAAUCCCCUAUUCUCAGAUUAUAAAGCAAGUCGUUUGGGCAAAAAUCAAAAGGCUGCUUAGUCAUUUCCCAGACAUGCAACCUGGAUAUGCACACCCUCGUGACAUUCCUGGGCAUGCGUGUCCCGCUGACAUCCUGCCACCUAGUUUAUGCCCAGACUUGAACUGCAGGGGAGACGUGCAUGCCUAACUCACAUUCAGGUUUUAGAAGACCACCUAGAAGGAAGGAGCUGGGUAGAGCAGGUUUCAGGCCGGUCUGCUUUUCACCCACUCUGCUGCCAAGUCACAACUGUAGCAAAGCAAGUUGAGUGUCUCUAAAGUAUCAAAGGACAGGAAAGACCAUGGAUGAAUGGUGCACUAGAAGGUAGUUCGCAGACUUUUCUUAAAAGCAUCUGAAAUGGACUUUAAAAGAAAUCUCUUGUCUUCCUUUACUUUUAAUACAGUUUCAAACAGCAGUGAAACCACCCAUCUCUCUGCCUCUUGAACAAUACCUAGUGAGAAUCAUUUAUAAACUGCCUUGUAUGUAUUGUCUUGUCAUUAAAGAAUGGAAGUUUU